CCGCCUCUCACGGUUGAAGAUUGUCGUUUUCCUCCAGAUCCAGACUCAGAGAGUAGUCAGGACACCCUCGGCUUACCUACGUCUCUCUCCCCGCCGGCCCAAUGCGUCGUGCGGCCUUUCAAGCCCUCCGAACUGCCCGUCGCGUGCCAGCAUGGAAAGUUAUCGGUAGGAAACCGUGCGCCGUGUCCUUCUCUAGCAGUCGGACUCUCGGUCUACGGCCCUCCUCCUCGGGCAGACACCCCUCCUACAUCCCCGCCUCUCUUCAAUCGUCGAUGCAUCUUCGGAACUUUUCGCUCGCUGUCAUCUCGACCGUCGUCGCCUCGGGCGCCUGGUACGCUUAUCAAGGCAACGCCGGCCAGGCAUCGGCGGCCCUGAACGCGGCCACCUCGCAGCUACGCUCUUAUUCCACUGCCUACGCCGAAGCCCCAGAAUCCACUCGCCGUGCCCUGCUCGUGGAUAAUGAUCAGUUUUUUACCGCCCCGCUUUCUGGAGACCAGCCUUUGUCCAAGCACACGGACGAUUCCGACCGCCGAGUCCUCGAGAUGUUGACCCCGGAGCAGGCCACGCAGAAGCUCAGAAAGAACGAGGAGUCAUAUUUGGUGAACCGGGGCAAGGGAGUGGUUCGCUAUGAUAUUGUUCAGGUUCCGAGCAAUUCUCCCAUUGAGGAUGAUCAUGCCGAGAAGAUCAUCGAGGUGCCAUCUUCCCUGGCUGCAGCCAAUCAAGGCGAAUCCAAGAGUGAUUGGAUGUUCUGGGCCGUGUUCGAUGGUCAUUCCGGCUGGACAACGUCGGCCAAACUGCGCAACGUUCUCAUUUCCUACGUCGCCCGGGAGUUGAACUCGACCUACAAAGCUGCGGCCGCAGAUCCUUCCCUGUUGACUCCGUCGUCCGCCGCCGUGGAUGCUGCGAUCAAGCAAGGCUUCACCCGCCUGGACGACGAAAUCGUGCACAGCAGCGUUGAGAAGGUGCUCAAGUCCAACUCGCGCCGGGUCGCCGCUGAGAUGCUUGCGCCUGCUCUGUCCGGAUCAUGCGCUCUCCUUGCUUUCUAUGACUCCCAGUCCAAGGAUCUGAAGGUCGCCGUCGCAGGUGACUCCAGAGCUGUACUGGGUCGUCGUGGUCCGAACGGUAAGUGGUCGGCAACGCCCCUCUCUGAAGACCAGACUGGCGGUACUCCGUCUGAGAUGAAGCGUCUACGGGAGGAGCAUCCCGGCGAGCCCAAUGUGGUGCGCAAUGGACGGAUCCUCGGACAGCUGGAACCUAGCCGGUCUUUCGGAGAUGCAUUCUACAAGUGGAGCAAGGAAACGCAGGACAAGAUCAAGCGCCAGUUCUUCGGCCGUACUCCCCACCCUAUGUUGAAGACUCCUCCGUACGUGACUGCCGAGCCGAUCAUCACCACCACCAAGAUAGAGCCCGGUAGCGGCGACUUCCUGGUCCUCGCCACCGACGGUCUCUGGGAGAUGUUGAGCAACGAGGAAGUGGUCGGGCUUGUUGGCCAGUGGGUCGAGCAGCAGCGCCUUGGCACCGGGGCAAGCAACAAGACCUGGCUGAAGAGCUGGUUUGGCUUUGGGGACAAGGGGCUUCCCGUGGAAGCACCCAAGGCAACCGACUCCGAAGGUCAACGCCGUCCUAUCCGCCAGCAGCAGUACGACAUCUCCGGCGCCGCCAGUCGCUUUACCGUUGAGGAUAACAACGCCGCGACCCACCUCGUGCGCAACGCCAUGGGAGGAAAGGACAAGGAAAUGGUUUCUGCUUUGCUGACUCUCCCGAGCCCUUACUCCCGCCGGUACCGUGACGACGUCACCGUCGAAGUGAUCUUCUUCGGCGAGGGCCCUGACACGCGCACCGUCACCGUCAAUGAAGAGGCCAGCGCGUCCGAGAACGUCAAAGCGAAACUCUAACUGCAGUUGUAGAUGCAAUUGCCCCGUCUCCCUCCAUACAGCAAGGCAUUAUUGGCGCAAAAAGACGCAAAGAAAAGAUGAUUUCAUGAUGAUUGGAUGUUCAAUUUCAUUUCCUCAUUCUCUUGGUUACCGUCGUUUCUUUUCCUACCCUGGAAUGGGCAGUGAGCCGGCGUUUUCUCACGCAAGCCUGAAAUAGUGACUUUGGGUGGGUAGCAUCGAACCACAGAUAGAAUGCUACAUUGUCUCUGUUCGGUUGGGGCUGAGACCGCAACUGCGACCGUUGGUUUUAGAGUGCUAUAGUAGGCUCUUUAUAUCAUGAGACAGUAAUGGUACAGGGAGGUAGAUGCGGGAUAGGAUGUCCACUGCCAUGCUCGCCAAACAGUGCCUCUAUCAUUAGCCACAUGGAUUGAGCUAUGACAGGAGGUGCCUGGCGCAGAUUUAGUCCAGGGCAAUAAUACUUUCAAAUCA